AUGUUCUGGAGUUUUACGUUACCGACGCUCCUUACGACCUUUCUCUUGCUCCUCGUUGACUCGUCUUCUGGCGUCUGCCUGCCUUGUCAAACACCGGCUCGAAGAGCUACUUCAUGGGACCUCUCAAUCUCCUCCCGCGCCGUCAACACUCCUAAAAUCACGAACCCCACAGACAAGACGGUGUGGACCAUAGGUUCCGAUACCGUAGCUACGUGGGACACGCACGACGUUCAGAAGGGUACGAAUCCCAAAGGCACUCUGUUUCUCGGUCAUCUGGAAAAUGGAAGCGAUGACGAACAUCUGGAUAUGCAACGUCCACUUGCUUCAAACUUCCUUCUUAGACAAGGCUAUGUGAACUUUACGUGUCCUAACGUCGCAGAGGGACAGAGAUAUAUUGUCGUUUUGGUCGGUGAUUCUGGGAAUCGCAGCCCCGAGUUUAAGAUUAGGAAAUAG